AUGAAAAGGCUAUGGAACGCCUUCGGGAAGGAGACAAAAUCGGCGUUUUUUCAAAAGAAAGCUGUGAAACAAGUGGAGAAGAUGGAGAAGGCCGAAGCGAUAAGUGCAGCCCCACAUUACCCAACCGAGAAGGAACAUCGCGAGCGAACGCGCAACGAUCCCGAGCUCAAGAAAGCUGUCGGGAUGAAAUAUGAAGGGCUCGUGGAUAACGUGAAUAAGAUCAAGAUCACAAGCACCGAACCCCCGGAGAGAUGGACGAAAACGAAUAAGGACCUACCAACUCGGGAAACUGAAUUCGCGCAUCGCAACGAUCCGGCCUGGGAAUUUGGGUUCUACGAGCCGCCGCACGAGAAAAUCCCGAAGGGGAAGUUGACGUUUCGGGAAGCGCUAGAGGUCCUUCGUGCUCGGCAAGAACUCGCGGACGACGGCUCGACGCCGGCCAGCGCGAAGCGCCGCGAGCAAGCCAAGGAAUUCCUGGAAACCUGCCCGGCGCACGAGCGAAUCUCGAUGGGGGAGGUCGACAAAAUGUUUGAAUAUUUCCGGCCAUUUGAGCGAAAGGACAAGCAACGGGUCGUCCAAAAGCAGCACUUGGUGCAGUUGCAAGAGCGGAUUCAAGGUUGGCCGAACAAGGAGGAUAUUAAGAUCCCCGAGUCGGCAACGGCUUACGUCAAAGAUGGCAUACAAAAAGCGAUGCAGCAAGACCCGCGAUCUGUGGACCAAUAUCAAAGGUUGACCGACAAGGAGCGUGAGGAAUUCCUGCAGGCCGUCGCCGAGCUGCGCUCCGAGCAAAAGGAGCGGCUAGAAAAGCGACUGGGCGACGUCGUGCAGAUGGAGCAGGAGUUCGUCGACGCCGUCAAGGCACAACGCCAAAAAACCACCCCGGAAGACGCCGAGCCCACCGAGAAAUCCACCGAACCGAAGAAGCCC